CCGCAGAAAACUUGAGUCUGUCAGGAGAAAACAGAAGAAGCGCAAACUGAACCAGCUGCCUCCUGCGAUGCUCCUGGAUGCUUCGUUUCCUCACCUCAUCUUCUCUUUUCUUCCUCCUCUUCCUCCUUCUGGCGGGAAUAACGUGCGCUUUCGGUUUCCGAUGUGAGAUCAGCCGUGCGUAAUAGUCCGGUCCGCGCGCGCCGUCAUGGCUUACCCUCAGGGUUUCCUCUUCCAGCCCUCCGUGUCUCUGGCUCUGCACUCCUGCCCCACCUUCAGCUCCGGGGUCAUCUUAGGACCGAGGACGGAUGAGCUCGGCCGCUCGUCCUCAGGAUCGGCCUUUGCUCCGUACUCGGGAUCGGCGACCUCUCCCGGCUUCAACUCCCACCUCCCGUACGGCGGGGAGCCCCGAGCCGCGGCGACCCUAAACUCCUUUGUGAGUCCCGGGUACGAUCCAGCCUCAGGCAUCACCAGCUCUUUAGAUUACCACCCGUUUGGGGCCCUGGGGCCUUAUCCAUAUGGAGACCCCACCUACAGGAAAAAUGCCACUCGGGAUGCCACAGCGACGCUGAAAGCCUGGCUGAACGAGCACCGUAAGAACCCCUACCCCACCAAAGGGGAGAAGAUCAUGCUGGCCAUCAUCACCAAGAUGACCCUGACUCAAGUGUCCACUUGGUUCGCUAACGCCCGCAGGAGGCUGAAAAAGGAGAAUAAGAUGACGUGGACACCAAGGAACAGGAGCGAGGAUGAGGAGGAGGAAGACAACAUCGACCUGGAGAGGAACGAUGAGGAUGAUGAGCCAAUCAAGCCGAACACUGACGCAGACUCAAAGAAUGACCCUGCUGGGCAGCAGCUUCCAGCCUCAGGGGGAAACUGCUGUGGGAUGAUUUACAGACAGGACACUGAAAGCAGCAACGACACAGACCGGGGCAUAACGGAUCUGGAUUUUAAAGACGCUGGAGACAGGAGGAUGCGCCCCAUCUCGAGCCCCACCUCCACAGGCUCUCCUCUUGAAAAUGUACUGUACAGGGCUUCAGAUUCAGACCGCACGGCGAGCCCAGCACCAAAGGAGCACGGCAGAGACUCCAGCAAUGCCAUCCACGGACCAAACCCGGCUCCUAAGCCAAAGCUGUGGUCCCUCGCUGAAAUUGCAACCUCGUCGGACAAAUGCAAAGGAUCUACUGACUCUUUACAGAGUGCUGGGGUGAGACCGCAAAUCCACACAACACCUCCAACACGGACUGCAUUCCCCCACAGCACAGCCCUGUCCAGGCAUCUUUAUUACACCACCCCAUUUAUCCACGGUUACUCCAACUACAGCACUUUGGGACCCCUGCAUGGCAACCCCGGCUCAAAUUUGGCCUCUGCAACACAUUUAAAUGGAUUACAUCAGACUAUGCUGCAGAGAGCCGAGGCCAUAGCCCGGGACUGCAAACUACGAAAUCAUAGCCAGUUAGACAUCUGCAAAGAUCUGACACACCACGAACUGAAGAAAGGCACGACGAACGCAUAGAACCGCAGAAACGGACACUUAUUUAUUGGGACCGUUCAGUAUUUGUGGGAUUUAUCAGUGAAAUGUGCUGGAUAUCAAAGAAAACUAAAUUAAAUCAGACCCUUCAGAAGCCACAGUCAAUCAUUUAGCAACACAAAUGUUGAAUUUUGGACUGUUUUUCUAUGUUAAUAAGAUGUAAUCUUUGUAGUGCAUUUGUGCACAGGACAUGAAAUAGAACAUUAAAAGCUAGUUUUUUU